CCUCUCAGUUGCCGUUUCCGUCUCACACCGGCCAUUGCUGCCUUACCUGGGGUGGAGAGUCUGUAUACCGAGGCUGAGGAGUGACAGCGCGGUACCGGGCUGUGCUGUGUGAGGCUGCUCCCGGCUGUACCCCUGCUUGUAGAGGGGAGAUGGAUGGCAAUGCAGCGAAUCCUGGAGGAGUGAAUGGCUUUACCAAGAAAUCACAGCUUCAGGUCACUGUGAUAUCUGCCAAGCUGAAAGAUAACCGGAAGAACUGGUUUGGUCCCAGUCCCUACGUGGAGGUGUCUGUAGAUGGACAGUCGAAAAAGACAGAAACCAGGAAUAAGACCCACAGCCCAAAAUGGAAGCAACAUCUGACGGUAAUUGUUACACCAUUUAGUGUGUUAAGUUUCCGGGUGUGGAGCCACCAGACUCUGAAAUCAGAUGCCCUGCUCGGCAGCGCCUCUCUCAACCUGCACGAAACCCUUCGAUCCAAUAACUUGAAACUGGAGGAGGUGGUUGUGACCUUGCAGCUAUUAAAUGAUGGGGAGGCAGUCGGCGAUCUGUCCGUGUGUCUUGAUGGUAUGCAGGUAGACGCGGAGAGCUUGACGAACGGAGACAUAUCCUGUACAUCAGAAAGUUCAAUGUCACCUGGAGAGAUGCGCACUGAGAACGCUGGUACCAACGAAGGAUCAGCCUCUGUUGAUAGCCGAACGACUAACGGUACAAGUUCACCAUCUCUGGCCAACGGAGGAUUCAAGCCCAGCAGACCUCCGAGACCAUCGCGUCCCCCUCCCCCAACUCCUCACAGGAAUUCCAUCCCAGCUACUGCCAAUGGUGCCCUUCCUGCAAAUACAGAAAACAGUGGCAUAAGCGCAAAUAGUGGACUUGCCAUCCCAUUGAACGAGACAGAAGCGUUGCCUGGCAUCCCUCCGGUUUCUAGGCAAAUUGCUCCGAUCGCUGUGGAUGGCCCGCGAAUGGCACCAGUCAACCCAGGUCCUCUGCCGCCAGGUUGGGAGCAGCGGGUGGACCUGAGUGGUCGUGUUUACUUUGUGGAUCAUGUGGCAAAAAGGACAACUUGGGACAGACCUGAACCUCUUCCUCCUGGCUGGGAACGCCGUGUGGACAACAUGGGCCGAAUUUACUAUGUAGAUCACAUAACCCGGACUACCACGUGGCAGCGGCCCACUCUGGAAUCUGUCCGCAACUAUGAACAGUGGCAGCUUCAGCGCAACCAGCUGCAGGGAGCCAUGCAGCAGUUCAACCAGAGAUUCAUCUACGGGAACCAGGACUAUGCAGCCCAGAACAAGGAGUAUGAUCCAUUGGGACCCUUACCUGCUGGCUGGGAAAAGAGGACAGAUGCAAAUGGCAGGGUGUAUUUUGUCAAUCAUGCUACAAGGACAACUCAGUGGGAAGACCCCAGAAAUCAGGGACAAUUAAAUGAGAAGCCCCUGCCGGAGGGCUGGGAGAUGAGAUUCACCGUGGAUGGAGUUCCUUAUUUCGUGGAUCAUAACAGAAGGACCACUACGUAUAUCGACCCCAGAACUGGCAAAUCUGCCUUAGAUAACGGCCCGCAGAUCGCGUAUGUCCGGGAUUUCAAGGCCAAGGUGCAGUACUUCAGAUUCUGGUGCCAGCAACUCUUCAUGCCGCAGCAUAUCAAGAUCACCGUGUCCAGGAAAACCUUGUUUGAAGAUUCGUUUCAGCAGAUCAUGAGCUUUAACCCACAUGAUCUUAGGAGGAGACUGUGGAUCAUCAUUCCGGGAGAAGAGGGGUUGGAUUACGGUGGAGUAGCAAGGGAGUGGUUCUUCCUCCUGUCGCAUGAGGUGCUCAAUCCAAUGUACUGCUUGUUUGAAUAUGCCGGGAAGGACAACUACUGCCUGCAAAUCAACCCAGCGUCUUACAUUAACCCCGACCACCUUCGUUAUUUCCGCUUCAUCGGCCGUUUCAUCGCUAUGGCGCUGUUCCAUGGAAAGUUUAUAGACACCGGAUUCUCUCUGCCCUUUUACAAGCGCAUCUUAAAUAAACCGGUGGGACUGAACGACCUGGAAUCCGUGGAUCCGGAGUUUUAUAACUCCCUCAUCUGGAUAAAAGAGAACAACAUCGAGGAGUGUGGCCUGGAGAUGUUCUUCUCCGUGGAUAAGGAGAUCUUAGGGGAGGUCCAAAGCCAUGAUCUGAAGCCGAAUGGCAGCAACAUUCAGGUGACAGAGGAAAACAAGGAGGAAUAUAUCAGAUUGGUGUCAGAGUGGCGGCUGUCUCGGGGUGUAGAAGAGCAGACGCUUGCUUUCCUUGAUGGCUUCAAUGAGAUCCUUCCUCAGCAGUAUCUGCAGUAUUUUGAUGCCAAGGAAUUAGAGGUGUUACUGUGCGGGAUGCAAGAAAUUGACUUGAAUGACUGGCAGCGCAAUACUAUCUACAGGCACUAUACCCGAACCAGCAAGCAGAUCGUAUGGUUCUGGCAGUUUGUGAAAGACAUAGACAAUGAGAAACGCAUGCGACUGCUUCAGUUUGUCACCGGGACGUGCCGGCUGCCCGUUGGAGGCUUUACAGACCUCAUGGGGAGCAACGGUCCUCAGAAGUUUUGUAUUGAGAAGGUUGGAAAAGAAAACUGGCUGCCGAGGAGUCAUACAUGCUUCAAUCGUCUAGACCUCCCGCCUUACAAAAGUUUUGACCAGCUCAAGGAAAAGCUGCUGUUUGCAAUUGAGGAAACAGAGGGAUUUGGUCAGGAAUAAUAACCCUCGCGGGCGUCCCAUGGGCCGGGAUGCGAGUGCGAACACUGCUGAUCCUCCACCACCAUCCCUUAUCAAGAGCUGCAAUCUUCUCCAUAUCCAAAGGGUUGAGAUAUCUCUCUCUCUUCCUAUAGCCCUGAAACCUUUGCUAACAUAUAGCCCUUUCCUCUGUGAUCGAAACACAUCUGUUUAUUUUUGCCGUAGUCCGUAUUCAUCCUUAUCCGCAUCGAGGAGACAUGCGCCUGACCGCUGCUACACAUCUUUUCGGAUGUCUCCUUAACCUGCCUCGAGUCCAAAAACUUAGAUCGUUCCUGUGGUAUCAGAAAGGUUUACGCACCCCUUCAGUCUUCCAACCUUCCUUUGGGAAAGGAUUAAAAAAUGCAUCGGCCCCUCCUGGCUAGAGUCCAACGAAUGUAGCAGUGCUGUGCCAGAGGACACCCGGCGCCCAUUGAGCUGUAUAUAGCCAUAUUUAUUAAGCGCCGACAGAAGGUGUCCUGUGGCUUUGUGCAGGGUAAUAAGUACAGCUGAUACCCCUGUGAGGCUUACCUUAUGUCUAAAACUCCAGAAGUGGUUUUGAUUCUGUAGACAAGUCUACAACACCUCAAACGCCAUCAUAGUAAGGUUGAAGUUGUUGGGCUUGUGGACCUACUGAGCCGGGGCUUUAUUAGGAAUGGCUUUAUUACCCUCUGCCUGUCCUGAUGUUACUGAUCGUCACGGCUUGGAACUCCCCGUCUGGGUUUUACGUGUGUCGGUAAGGCUUUGUGACCAUGGGCUACUGGAGAACGUUCUCAUCCCAAGAGACUUAUAGCGGCCCUGUCUCUGUCCCGUAUUCUUACUGUUCAUCCCAUGUGAUGGUGUUCAUAGGGUAAAGUAACAAAUAUAUACGCGUGUACGGCGUUCCACCAUCGCAGUAGGCGGUGCACGGUGGCAGUCUCUACUUUCAGGCGUAGGGUUUGUAUUAUUUCUCCUCCGUUUUAAUUUCCGUCUUGUGUUUUGGUGAGUUGGUAAAUACCGGUUUCGUCCCCCACAUCGCUGCCGGUGGCUUUGCUGCAGUAAUAUGGUGCUUUAUUCAAACCAAAUAAUUCUAAGCCAGUUCCAUUCGUCGCUUGAAACAAACCGG